AACCUUUUAUGCCACCUUUUGUGUGAUGAAAAAAAUAUCUGAAACUUUCCCAAUCUUGUUGUUUGGCACAGUGAAGUUGUCCGUAUGAGUAUCCAAGAAAUGUCCAUCAAAGGUGAUGAACUACCACCUGAAUAUAUUGUCACAGAAAGCAAGUUUGGAGCCAUAGAGUCCUCACCAGAAUUGGGUCAAAUCCCCACCAUUGAUGUUAGUCUCUUCUCCCAAUCAUCAAUUGGCACUAAGGAAGCAGAGAUCGAACUAAAGAAACUCAGAUCAGCUCUUAGCUCAUCCGCCUGCUUCCAGGCAAUCGGUCAUGGGAUUUCAAGUUCCUUUCUGGACAAGGUACGCGAAGUUGCAACACAAUUCUUUGAACUUCCAGUGGAAGAGAAGCAAAACUACUCGAGAGAAAUUUAUGGUGGCGAAGAAGGAUAUGGGGAGGAUGUAAUUGUCUCAGAGAAGCAAGUUCUUGAUUGGUCUUACCGCCUAAUUCUUCAAGUAUUCCCUGAAGAUCAAAGAAGGCUUGAUCUCUGGCCAGAAAAUCCAACUGAUUUUCGAGAGGUUCUGCAUGAAUAUGCAACACAGGUAAAGUUCAUUAUGCAUGUUCUGUUCAAGGCCAUGGAAAAAUCUCUGAAUUUAGAAGAGAACAUCAUUUUAGAUAAGCUGCUUGGAGAAAAAGCUCAGAUGAGAGCAAAAUUCAACUUCUAUCCGCGGUGUCCAAGAGCCGAUAAGGUGUUUGGUUUGAAGCCUCAUACAGAUGGGUCAGGAAUGACUGUUCUGUUGCAGGACAAAGAGGUAGAAGGUCUUCAAGUUUUGGUUGAUGGAAAAUGGGUUAGAGUCCCCAUUGUGCCUCAUGCAAUAGUUGUUAAUCUUGGUGAUCAAAUGCAGAUUAUGAGUAAUGGUAUCUUCAAGAGCCCAAUGCACAGGGUUGUGACAAAUCCAGACAGAAUGAGACUAUCUGUGGCCUUGUUUAAUGAACCUGAUCCUGAAACUGAGAUUAAUCCUGUGGAGAAAUUGAUAGAUGAGACAAGGCCAAGGUUAUACAAAAAUGUCAAGAAUUAUGGUCGUAUCAACUAUGAAUGCUAUCAGAAAGGAGAAGUUGCACUUGAAACAUUGAAGAUCUGAAUUUCAUUUAUCUAUGCCUUUAUCAUGCAUGUAUAAAUAAAUUGUGUAAACACUAUGAAACUUUUCAAAUAAGUACAGCCCCUGUGAUCUUAAUCAUAGGCUAUUAAUCAUAUGCUAUUUAUUUUCUGUUGUACAACUAUGAUAAUAUUUUCUCCAUUUAAUUACAGAUUAUUUUAUUUUGCAUAUCCAAAA